AUGGAUCGAAAGCAGUGGGUUAUAAUUCCUUUAGCACUGGUAGGAGUGUUUUGGUUUUGGAUUCCACAGGUUUCCGCAGAGUGUCAAACACGUUCCAUCUACUGCUACGAGUGUGAUAGCUGGACGGAUGCGCGAUGCAAGGAUCCCUUCAAUUAUACCGCCCUGCCCCGCGAUCAGCCACCGCUGAUGACCUGUAACGGAUGCUGCGUCAAAAUGGUUCGCCAUUCGAGAACACCGUACGAAGUCGUGAGGCGGAUGUGUACGUCACAGUUGCAGAUCAAUCUGUUCAUGGUAGAUCAUGUGUGUAUGAUGGAAAGUUCUGGCAAUGGCCAUAUGUGUUUCUGUGAGGAAGAUAUGUGUAACUCCAGUCCCUCCAGCUUGCUCACCGCAAACCAUCACCGGCACACCGUGCACACGUGCAUCGGUAGCGUGCUGGCCGUGUACUUGCUACAACUCCUCCAGCGGGUCUUUCGGUAA